AUGUCUGACACCAAAGAGACUAUACCGGAAUCUGCAGACGUUAUUGUGACUCGUCUUGCAGCCCAGGAUCUUACUCCUUGGUAUAGGAAACCUAAUCUCAGGAUGCUGUAUCUCAUCUUGAUUCCUACCUGCAUUGGCGUCGAGAUGACUAGUGGUUUCGACUCAUCCAUGAUGAACGGCCUUCAAACCGUCAAGUCUUUUGAUUCCUUCUUCCACUCGCCCCGAUCCACUCUGCUUGGUCUCAUGUCGGCCAUCUACUCACUCGGAGCAAUUGUUGUCCUCCCAUUCGUCCCAUGGGUUUCUGAUCACUGGGGACGUCGGUGGGCGAUUAUCGUAGGAAGUAUGCUGAUGGUAAUUGGUGCUGCUAUUCAAGCUGCUGCCGUUAACUUCGCUAUGUUCGUCUGCGGCCGCCUUGUUCUUGGCUUUGGAAUCCCGUUCGCUAUCGUUGCCGCUUCAUCAUUGAUCGGAGAGCUCUCCCACCCAAAAGAACGCGCCAUCCUUGGCUCACUUUUCAACUCAUGCUACUUCGUAGGCUCUAUCGUUGCAGCCGGCAUCACCCUCGGGACCUUCGCCAUGCCCUCCGACUGGGGCUGGCGAAUCCCCUCUCUCCUCCAAGUUUUACCUUCAUUAAUGCAAAUAACUUUCAUAUUCUUCCUUCCCGAAUCCCCUCGUUUCCUAAUUUCACAAGGUAGAGAAGAGGAAGCUUAUAACAUCCUAGUCAAGUAUCAUGCAGAGGGCGAUAGGGACAGUGAAUUUGUUAAGGCAGAGUAUGUUCAGAUCGAACAGACACUAAAGUUGGAGAAGGAGAUGCAGGAGAGGAGUAGUUGGGGUCAAUUGAUAACGGAGAGUGGGAUGAGGAGGAGGUUGAUUGUAGGAAGUGCGCUUGGGCUGUUUACUCAGUGGUCUGGAAAUGGGUUGACUUCAUACUUCCUCGCACGAAUCCUAGACAAUGUUGGAAUAACCGACAAACACACUCAGAGUCUUGUCAACCUCGCAACUACCCUUUGGGGAUUCGUUAAUGCUACGUUCUUCGCAUUCGUGUCCUCAAGGUUCCCAAGAAGAGUGAUAUAUCUCUGUUGUACGAUAUCACUUCUUCUCGUCUUUACGGGAUGGACGAUCGCUUCCGCGAGAUACAACAUCACGAACGAUCAAGCUUCGUCCAAGACUGUUUUGGCGUUCAUUUUCAUUUACAGCCCGUGUUACAAUAUAGCGUACAAUGCAUUGACGUAUACCUUCCUCGUCGAGCUCUUCCCAUACAAUGUCCGUGCUAAAGGAAUAACGGUCUUCCAAUGGUUUGGUCGCAUGGCUGGGUUCUUUAACCAAUUCGUGAACCCUAUUGGAAUUCAAAAUGCUGGGUGGAAGUUUUAUUUGAGUUACGUUGUAUUCCUCGCCUUCGAAGUCGUAUUUGUGUACUUCUUAUUCCCCGAAACUUCCAACCAGACGCUGGAAGAGUUGACUUUCUUAUACGAAGACGACAGGAAAGAAGAACAAAAGAAACGUGUCGUUCACGAGAUUGCAGUUGAUGAUCAUGAUGGACAUACAUCUGUUGAAAAGCAGGAGGUACAUGCAGCGGGGUCAACGCAUGCUUGA